GGGUUUGGGGAGAGGGGAGAUGGCGUGGAGGGGGUGAAUGGGGAAUCGGGCGGCCGAGGUCCGGGAGGCGUGAGGCUGGGAGCGGCACUGAGCCCCUCUCCCCCACAGCUGCACCCCAGCGUGGGCCCGGGCCAGGGCACGGUGGUGGAGCUGCUGCUGACGGCUCAGUUCAUCCUCUGCGUCUUCGCCAGCUUCGACGACCGCCACGACGGGCGCCCCGGCUCCGCUGCGCUGCCCGUUGGCUUCUCCCUCACCCUCGGCCACCUCUUCGGGAUCCCAUACACUGGUGCUGGCAUGAACCCUGCACGCUCCUUUGCCCCCGCUGUCAUCACCCGCAACUUCGCCAACCACUGGGUAAGUGGGGGAGGACUCUGUGGCCCGGCCCAGUCCAUUCCAGCCCAUCUUCAUCCUGCCCCGGUCCAUCCCAGUCUGCCUCAACCCACUGCUGUCCUGCCCAGCGCAUCCCAGUCCUAUCCCAGUGCAUCUCAGCUGAACCCAAUCCAUCCUACUCCCGUCCCAGUGCAUCCCAGCCAGCCUCAGUCUGCUGCAGUCCUGCCCAGUUUGUCCCAGUCCUGCCCAGUGCAUCCCAGUCCUACCCCAGUCCAUCUCAGCCUAACCCAAUCCAUCCCCCGCUGUCCCGGUCCACCCCGGUCCCGUCCCUCUCCAUCCCAUCCCAUCCACAACCCCGCCGGCUGCAGCAGCCCCGAGGGUUCCCCGCCGGGGGGCUCACAUCCCCUCAUCACCGCACCGCUCGGGCUCAGGGAUGGCCGCAGGGGGGUCGCGGCCGCCCUCUCUCGG